AUGACUUCAUUUCUCAAAAAACUCCGCUCAAAAUCACCACAAAAACAACGAGUUGCUCUACCAAUUAUGAAUGGUUAUUUACCACAACAGCAACAACAACAUAAUCAAUUUGUGAGUUAUAUAAUUUAUGUUUCAAAGUUCAAAAAAUACGGAUUUUGCAGCUUCCCCCUCAAAACUAUCCGCCAGUUUGUUAUCUUCCACUUCCGCCAUCUCCGAAACCUCGAAAUUCUCCGCUAACUGCAAGAUCUGGGAGUAAUUUGAAUAAUGGAAGUAAUCAGUCAAGUGUAAGUGUUUGAGAUUUGGAAAAAAAGUUAUGACGUGGAAAAACUGAAUUUAAAAAAAUAUGGACAUCGCAUAGAUUUUUCUCACAAACUCCUCUCAUUUCUUAGGACUCAUUCGGAAUCCACAGCUGGAAUACCGAACCUCAAAUGAGCGAAGAUCGAUACUAUCUGCAAAACGGUAACCUUUCCGAUCCCACCGAUGGUCCGGGACCACUAAUGCGAGCCCGUUCACAUUCGCCACGAAAACAGCGGAGAGAAACACAGGAAGAGAAAAAAGUGAAGAGUAAAUCAAAAAGUCCGCAGAAAAAACAUCAUCGAACGGUGAUAAAUCAAUUGGAUUAUUUGAAUUCGCAGUGUCAUUUGGAGGGUUGUUCCGCUAAUGUUGUAGUUCAUGUGAGUACAUUUUUCUUGAGAGGAAACUGAUUUUGAAAUAAACAUUUAUUGAUUUUUCAGUCAACCCGAUUUCUUCUCUGCCGCCAUCAAUUAUGCCACGCUUCCGAAUAUUUUAAAGACAUGUUAAGAGAUCGAAGAACCGAGGAUGAUAUUCAUGUGAGUCAAAAACGUUUCAAACAUUCUUAAUGAUCCUUUAAAUCUGCAGGUUACUGUAUCUAGCAUGUCUGAACCUUCUCCAUCUACACAAUUUCGAUGGUUUAUUGAAUCGUGUAUUCCAUGUCCAGCAUUGAAAGAUAUUUCCGACGAAACUUUGGAGACUUGUAUGAGGUUAUCCAAACGAUUUCACGCAAAAGGGUUAGAAUUACGGUGUUCCAAGUUUAUUAUUGAAAAUGUGAGUUUUUCUGACAUAUCAAGGGAUUUGGAGAAUGGAUUUCUUUUAAAUAUAAAAGAGCAAUCUUCCUACACCUCAAAUCUUUCUAGCCCUAACUCACACUUUUUCAGUCGUGUUCACGCCAACCAAUAGUUGCGCUAUGUUGGCUGAAUUGGUCGCUUAAACACAAAUACGAACCGCAGACGCAAGCUUCGCUUCUUCCGGCGGUCGCAAGAUUAUCUCUAAAUUCCCUAGAAAGGCAUCGACACAUGUUGACAGAGAAGAUUUAUUCCGAAAUUUUGACAGCUAAGCUACGAGGAACUUAUGAUAAGGUAACCCCAAAGCCUUACAUCACUUCAACAUACCAAUCUGUUUUCAGGCAGUUCAAGUGUUUCGAACAAUCCAUCGUAUGGAUCAUUUCACAAUCGAUCUCGAAAAAUGUCCAAAAUGUCAACGAUCUCGAGAUGGAAUGCGAGUAAAAGUGCACUGUGAUCCAUGUCGAAAACAAGUCGGAUGUGAUCGAUGUCAUCCGAGUGGAUGUGAAAUUGAAGCAAAGGCCGGCGAAGAUCUUCAAGCAUUUUUCCAAUGCAAACAUCAACUUGUUCCAUUAAAUGAUGCUACUGAUGAAUGUCAUUGUCAGAUUCCAAUUUUGGCACAUCAUUUAGGAGCAAUAGCACAUUUUCGACAACCACAACAGAAUCAAAUUGAACAAGAGUCACAGUAUAUCAAUUCGCCAAUUCUCAGGAGUAAAAGACAAUAAAUAUUUUGACUUUUUUGUGUGAAGUGUAGAUCUCAAGUUUUGAUUUUUCUGGAUCUGGAAUUGAUUCUCUAAUUUUCUCAUGUGUCCGACACUCUGAUCUGAUUGUUUGAACUUUCUGGCCCCAAAUCUCAGAUUCUUUCUUGUUUAUAAAGUCUAGACUCUAGACAUUUUCAUCACAUAAAAAUCUCACCCAAAUCUUCAUUUUUUCUCAAAGAAUAUUCCGAUAUUCGAAAUGAGAUUUUUCCUUCUUCUAGCAAUUCUAAUUGUUUCAACACUUCAGUUCGACGCUGAAUCUCUAGAUUUCGGCGCUCGGCGAAGAAUCAAACGAAGUGCCACUUCUUCACCUCUUCCAACUGAUCCCCCAAGUUCUGAUUCUUGGGAAGAAGAUUCUGAUGAAUAA